AAAAAAAGGGGGGGAAGUGAAAAGAAAAAAAAAAACAAAACUUGUAAUUAAGCAAUGGAGAAAGGUGGAGAAUAUGCUGAAUACUACACAAAAGCAAUCCAACUCUGCACCUCAGCUGCAUUGCCUAUGGUUUUGUACACUGCCAUGAAACUGAACUUGUUCGAAAUCAUGGCAAAAUCUGGGCAUCAUGAGAAACUAACACCAACCCAAAUUGCAGCCAAACUCCCAACAAAAAACCCUAAUGCAGCUUCCAUGCUCGACAGAAUGCUUCACUUACUGAGUAACUAUGAUGUUUUCACUUGUGAUGUUGUUGAAGAUGCCCGUGAAGACGGUACGGUUCGGUAUGAAAGAAUUUACGGGUUAUCUCCGCUCGGGAAAUUCUUUCUGCCGGAUUCAGAAGGUCACACCAUUGGACAUCUUGCUGAAUUGGUCCAAGAUAAAAUUUUUAUUGGAAGCUGGUACGGAUUGGGAGAUGCAAUUCUUGAAGGUGGAAAAGCAUUCGAGAUCAUCUACGGGGAGCAUCAAUUUGAGUACUCCGUCAAGGAUCAGAGGUUUAACGAGGUAUUUAAUAAAGGAUUAGCUGGCCUAACGUCCACCACAAUAAGGUAUUUUCUUCAAGAAUAUGAAGGUUUUGAAGGCAUUAAGACAUUGGUUGAUGUCGGUGGUGGUCUUGGGAUCACUAUCCACAAGAUUGUGUCCAAAUAUCCUCAAAUUCAAGGCAUCAACUUUGAUCUACCCCAUGUUGUUAAAGAUGCACCUCCCUAUCCAGGAGUUACACACAUUGGGGGAGACAUGUUUGAAAGCGUGCCCAAAGCAGAUGCCAUUUUCAUAAAAGGCGUAAUUCAUGACUGGACUGACGAUUACUGCUUAAAGCUGCUCAAGAAUUGUUUCAAAGCUCUUCCCGAAAAUGGCAAAGUAAUCGUCGUCGACUUUAUUCUACCUCUGAAAUCUGAUGGCAGUGCCUACGCAAAAACCGUUUGUCAGACGGAUACCCUCAUGAUGACUGUAACUCCGGGAGGGAGAGAGCGAUCGGAGUUCGAAUUUCAGGCACUCGCCGUUGGUGCCGGAUUCAAAGGCGUUAGGGCCAAACGUUAUGUCGGUGACAUUGGAGUCAUUGAAAUGUACAAGUAGCUGGCUAUAGAGCUGCAUGAAAUUGGUCCCCCGAAAUGAGUUGAAUUUUUAUUUGAAGUAUUAAAAGUAAAAUAAAUUAAAAAAAAAAAUCCAAGUAGAAAAAUCAUUUUAAACGAAGAAUAAAGCACUUUGGGGAAGGGCUUCUAGACUCAGUUAAGCAACCCUUUGUCAAAUUUAUUAGUGUGGUGUGGUGGGAAACAUUAGAUUUCCUUUUGCAUGAUUGUAGUAUAUUAAAUCUGACAAGGGAAAUAAUAUUGCAGUUUGAAUGAGUACUGUACUUUCAUCUGUUCAUCUUUCAAGGCCGGGCCUAAUUUUGCAUUUCUAUCAGAGAAUAAUUAAUGAGCACAUCACAAGGAAAAUGAUAUACAGCUUGAAUCUUAUUUAUUCCAGUGGAGGAAAUUAAUUAGUUAAAAUUGAAAUUGACGAUCCAUGAGGUACAUGGACUGUGUAGCACA